AUGCCGCCAAAGGGGUGGAAAAAGUAUCCAGACGGGUUCAAGCCCGUCAACUCGUCGGGGGCUCCGCUAGAGGAGAGACCCGUGUACGGCAUUCAGGACCUGCUACUGCCGCGGCAGUCGAUUUUGAAGCUGGCCAAGGAGGUGCUUCCUGAGAAAACGCCGCUGCCAAAAGACGGAGUGACUGCCCUCCUGCGCAGUUGCACGGUAUUUAUUAGCUACAUUUCAGCCGAAGCAAACCGAAUUGCCGACCGAUCUGGCCGCAAAAUCGUGGGACCGGCCGACAUCACCGCGGCGUUGGAACAGCUCCAUAUGGGCGCGUUUGUCGGCCAGGUCCAGCAGCUGGUGGAGGCAAUGAAGCAGCAGCAGCUGGAGGCAAAACAAAAAGGUACAAGCGUCGAUGCAGAAGAUGAAAUAGACGACGACGCAGCAAUACCCGCUGGCGCGGCCUCUGGCGAUGCCAAGGCUCCAGAGGUCGAGCAGGCAAGUAGUCAAUCUGAGCAAGCAAUGGAGAUAGAUGAUUGA